CUGAGACUCACGCUCAAGUCAAUCGCGCUCAGUUAUAAUAAACACCGACGGCGACAACUUGCUUGGCCUGCCUGCCUGUUUUUUUUAAUAUAAAUAUAUUCCAAAACAGAAACCCCAGCUCAGUGCUCAGUAUCUGUUUAAGUCGGCAGAGCAUGGGAAUUAAUUUAGUGCGAGACAUGUCAGCUUUAGCUUCGUUUCGGGUUGUUGUCGUAGCUGCUGUUGUUGUUUGCUCAUUGACAUUGAGCGUGGCUGCCCAACAAAGCGAUUGUACGGCAAGAGUUCCCAAUGGACGGGUUCUCGGGAGUUGUACGCCAGUGCGUCAAUGCGAUUACUUUAUGAGGAUAUUGGCAGCGAAAUUCAUUUCUCAAUCUGAUCGCAAUCUAUUGCGUGAUAAUCGCUGUAAUGCAGAGCAACACACCGAUGUUCAAGUCUGUUGUCCAUUGACAGGUGCAAAUGGUGAAUGGUUUUCCAGUUCUGUAGCAUCAAGCAGAGAUACGUUGGGUGCCUCCAAGCAUGCGCUGCUGCCCAUGUAUUGUGGCGCUGUUAAAUGGGAGCGCAACAAUGAUACAGAAACAAACAUCAAAGAGUUCCCCUGGCUGGCGCUCAUUGAGUAUACGAAGCCGAAUCAAGAGAAACUUCAUGCGUGUGGCGGCGUUUUAAUCAGUCAGCGUUAUGUGCUAACAGCGGCUCAUUGCAUCUCCAAUCCAUCGAUUACUACUUCAGGCUGGAAGAUUCAAACUGUGCGCCUGGGCGAAUGGGAUACAACAACCAAUCCCGAUUGCCAGGUGCCGAAUGCGUUCGAAAACACGGUGUGUGCGCCACGUUAUCAGGAUGUGCCCGUUGAACAACUUAUUGUGCAUUCGAAAUACAAUAGAAGUGACUUUAGUCAGACCUAUGACAUUGCCAUGAUACGUUUGGGUGAGGAAGUCGAACUCAGUGACUUUGUGCAACCCAUUUGUCUGCCCAACAAACAGUUGCGUGCCGAUGAACUGGAGGGUCUGGUCACCGAAGUGUCUGGCUGGCAAGCCACAAACAGUUCGCGACCGAGGAAGAGCCAGGUUCUCAUCACCUCCAUCGAACAUUGCCAGCAACAAUAUGGGGCACAAAAUAUACGCAUCAUGGCAUCGCAGCUUUGUGGCAAGGCCAAUUCGAAUGAGUGUCACGGCAACUCAGGUGGGCCGCUCAUGUUGUUCAAAAAUGACGUCUAUCUGCUGGGUGGUCUUCUCUCCUUUGGCCCUGUGAGGUGUGCUCUGCCAGAUUGGCCAGAUAUCUACACACGUGUCGCGUCUUACAUCGAUUGGAUUCACUCAAAUCUAAGAGCUUAAAAGGCAAACUUACUUAUUUUAUUUGAACACGAAAAACUAUUAAUUCUAUAAAUAAAUGCAACUUCUUAAAAUAAUCAUAA